UCCCAAUGACACACAGAUGGAUGAUUGCAAUUUGUAUAGGUGAGUGCACUGGUCACCCUUGAAGACCUUGGCUGAUGCUGUUUUGUAUGUCCAGGUGAGGGACACUUGCCAUUUUCCUCAUUCCUUCCCAUUCUCACCCACUCUCAAAGUCCUUGAAUAGAAGGCACCCACAGAUAUCCGUGUGGCCAGGACACAGAGAUUUCCACCACUGGAAAGUCCCUGGCCAUGACCCAUGGUCUCUGAAGUCUGGGGAAAGAACCCUCCCAAUGGAGAAAUACCCUGGGUCCCCAAGGUUCAUGAGUGGCCACAGAAGUCCCACAUCUAGAACCAUACAUACUACAAUGGGUGACAUAUUGCUCUGUUCUUACCCGAGGCAGUCUGAGAUUUAGGUGGAUUUCAACACACCUGGGGUGGAUGGUUAGCACAGACUGGGACUAGAGCAGCCACAGAAAACUCACUGCUCCUGGAUCCUGAGGCCUCUCCAGCUUUAUGAUGAAUGGGACACUAGUCACCGAGUUCCUCAUCGUGGGAUUCUCAGAGAUGCCUCAUCUUCAGGUACCACUUUUUCUCAGCUUCCUUUGUCUCUACAUGGCUGCAGUCUCAGGAAACCUGCUCAUUAUGGUGACAAUCAGUGCCAGCCCAUCCCUACACACCCCCAUGUACUUCUUCCUGGUCAACCUGGCCGUGGUGGACAUCCUGUGCACGUCUACCAUCCUACCCAAGCUACUGGACAGCAUGGUUGGGCAGAGGACCAUCUCUUAUGGGGGCUGCAUGGCCCAGCUCUUCUUCUUCACAUGGUCACUGGGGGCAGAGCUUCUGCUCUUCUCAGCUAUGGCCUAUGACCGCUUUGUGGCCAUCUGCUGCCCCCUGCACUAUAGUGCCUGGAUGGGCCCUAGGGUGUGUGCGUUCCUGGCUGGCCUUGUCUGGGCCAUCAGCCUGACUAACACCAGUGUGAACUCAAGCCUGGUGCUGCGUCUACCCUUCUGCAGCUCCAACGUGAUAGAGCACUUCUUCUGUGAGAUUCCCCCACUGCUGAAGCUCUCCUGUGCUCCAACACAACUGAACGAAGCCAUGGCCUUUGCUGCAGAUGUGUUUCUGGCUGUAGGGAACUUCUUUGUGAUCAUGAUUUCCUAUGGCUGUAUUGUGGCCAGCAUCCUGAGGAUUCGCUCUGCUGAGGGCAAGCGACGUGCCUUUUCCACCUGUUCUGCCCACCUCAUCGUGGUGAGUAUGUACUACUCCACUGUCAUCUACACGUACAUCCGCCCUUCCUCCAGCUACUCACUGAACAAGGACAAGGUGGUGUCUGUCAUCUACACCUCUGUGGCACCCACCUUGAACCCCCUCAUCUACACUCUGAGGAACAAGGACGUCAAAGUUGCCCUUAGGAGACUUCUGUCCUGCUGUUGAGCCUAUGCUGGCCCUGCUGCCUUCCUCUGUGCUGCACUGGGGGGAAUCUCAGGUUUGGUAAAGGUCCCUUUUCCUUUUCCUGAAGAAAUAACCUGCCAAGACAUAAGGGACAAACUUCAAGUGUUGUGCUUAACAGAGGAGAAGACCUGGGAUUUCCAUGUGGUACUUUUAGGACCAUAUGCUAUCCAUGAACCAGUUGCUCUGGGUAGACAGUGCUUUGUGUAUCUGUUCUAUUUUAACCCCAAAAGGCUAUUCAGCCUUGGCUGUGGCUGGUGUGUAAGUAGGGGACCUGAGAAUGUAAAGGGGCUUGGAGGUUCUAGGACAUUCAUUUUCGUCAUGUAAGUUAAUUCUCUAAAAACAUUGUUUCUACUUUUUAGUACCUUUGACAGAGACUUGAGGGGGGGACAGGCUUUUACUAUGCUGUGGGUACGCUGUGGCAUUGUGUAAUGAGAUGAUGCCUUACUAUGCCUUCCAUCCUGUCUGAUGUGAACCACCAAUGCUAGUCAGCCGCUUCCCUACCAAAGCUGGCUCUCACCCUGAGGGUGUCAGCAGCACACAGUGCUGGCAGCAGGAGGUUUCUUGAACCCAGAGCCUCAUCCUUUCCAUUUCCACUGUUGAGAGAUAUAACAGGGCUAGUAAAUGCUUUGGGGUCUGUUGGUUUGGAGGCUGUAGGUAGAAAGGGAACUAGGAAAGGGAACUAGAAAUAGCUGUUGUCCAUCAGGGCCUGCUGACUUCUUGGAAUAAAUCCAGAGAUCUUUGAUGUCUGACCCAAAUCCUUACUUCUAGCCUGGGCUGUUCCCAUGGUCAUUGACUAACUCUGGUGACCUUUUGACCUCUCUGUUUCCUCCUGGUUGACCUGAUGUUCCUGCCAAUGGUUGGUU